AUGGAUUAUGAUGUUGUAGCUGAACAAAACGUUGCCGUUUAUGGGGACCUCGAAGGGCACCGACAGUAUGAGGACCAAUACGAACAAGAAGAGGAACAACCUUACGAGAGAAACUAUGGGUCAAAUGAUAAUGUAGUUGAUAGUGCAACUCGUCAUGACUUAAAGCAUGAUUCUUCGUUAUCAGCAGGAAAACUUUUUGUUGGAGGCAUUGCGUGGGAGACUUCGGAAGAAUCAUUCAGCAGUUACUUCAAUAAGUAUGGAGAAAUUACAGAUUCAGUGAUAAUGAUGGAUAGAAUCUCUGGAAGACCACGUGGCUUUGGAUUCGUAACUUUUGCUGAUCCAGAAGUUGCUGAUAGGGUUCUGCAGGAAGAGCAUGUCAUUGAUGGCAGAGCAGUAGAAGUGAAGAGAACAGUCCCUAGAGAGGGCAUGCAGAUUAAAGGAGUCUCGAAAACAAAGAAAAUAUUUGUUGGUGGUCUUCCGCUGACAUUACAUGAAGAUGAGUUAAAGGAGUAUUUUUCUUCUUAUGGUAACAUUGUGGAGCGCCAAAUUAUGAUGGAUCACAAUACUGGUCGGUCCCGAGGUUUUGGCUUUGUGACCUUUGAGAAUGAAGAUUCUGUUGAAAAGAUCUUUUCUGAUGGUCGAAUGCAUGAACUUGGAGGCAAAGAAGUUGAGAUAAAAAGAGCUGAGCCAAAAAGAUUUGGUUUUGAUCAUUCAACUGAAGGUCGUUUUCGCGGUAGGGGUAGUAGUUCAAAAUCUGUGGGUAACUAUGAUAAUAGUUCAGAAGGUUUUAGAGGUGGUUACUCUGGGAAGAUGGGUAGAGGAUAUGGCGGCGGUUAUGGUGGAUAUGGCGGCUAUGGAAACUUUGCUGGAAAUUAUGGUGGAGCUGCUACAGGAUUUUAUUCAGGCUAUGGUGGAUAUGGCUAUGGUUACGGAUUCGGUGGACCAAUGUAUGGCAGUGGAGCGUAUGGGGGCGGUGGCUAUGGGGCUCCAGUUGGUUAUGGUGGAGCUGCUAGUUAUGGUGUAGGUAAGGGAUACAAUGUUGGCGGGUAUGAUGGAGGUAGAGGCUUUGGAAAUGCCGGCAGUAGUGGAGGAUAUGGCAAUGGGAAAAGCUAUGAUGGUGGCACUGGUGGUGGUACUGGUGGAUAUGGGGGCAGUAAAGGAUAUGGGAAUGGUGGCGGUCCAAGUGGUAGGUUCCAUCCCUACCAGAAGUGA